AUGUCUGAUCCCGAAAGAAAGCCCUUCACUGAUCAAAUCAAGGAGAAAGUAACUCCUGACUCCUCCAAGUCUACUGUCGACAAGGCUAAGGAACAACUUACUGGUGCCUACGACAAGGUCGCCAAGAACUUUACCUCUGAUGACAAUAAAAGCUCUACUCAAGAUGCUCACGACAAGAUCAGUCGUCUUGUCGAUGACAAGAAGUAA